AUGCACCUCCUCCCCCUCCUCCUCCCCCUUCUCGGGCUGAUCCCCUCAACGGCAGCCCAAGCUCGCACCACCCCCCCAUCCUCCUCCUGCAUCCGCGUAUCCAAGACCCCCUCAGCCCACUCGGCCCAAUUCUCAACCCUCUCCUCCGCCAUCACCUCCCUCUCCACAACCUCCACCUCCCCCGUCUGCAUCUUCCUCUACCCCGGCACCUACCAAGAACAAGUCCUCAUCCCCGCCGCCGUCAAAUCCACCAUCUCCAUCUACGGCUCAACCACCAACUCAGCCUCCUACACCUCAAACUCCGUAACAAUAACCCAGUCCAAAUCCCAAGCCAACACCGGCGCCUCCAACGACGAGACGGGCACCGUCCGUGUAAAAGCCAACAACGUCAAGAUCUACAACCUCAAUAUCGUAAACUCCUACGGCAAGGGGUCGCAAGCCGUAGCCCUGUCCGCGUACGCCGACAGCGGCUACUACGGCUGCUCCUUCCAGGGGUAUCAAGACACCGUCCUCGCCAACCGGGGGAAGCAGUACUAUUCCCGCUGCGAGAUCGUCGGGGUGACGGACUUUAUUUUUGGACAGGAAAGCCCGGCUUGGUUUGAGAGAUCAAACUCCGCCUCGCCAAACUUCUAUGUCUUCAACAACUGCAACAUCGCAGCCAAGUCAGGGCAGAGCGUGAACAACGGGGCGUUUUACCUGGGUAGGCCGUGGAGGGAGUACGCCAGGGUUGUGUUUCAGAAUACGACCAUGAGUGGUGUUGUCAAUGGGGCGGGAUGGAGGAUUUGGAAUGCGGGGGAUGAGAGGACGUCGAAUGUUUACUUUGGGGAGUAUGCCAACUCGGGCCCGGGGGCGGGCGGGACGAGGGCGAGCUUUGCGAGGAGGUUGGGGGGUCCGGUGGCAAUCGAGACGGUGCUGGGGGGGGACUAUAAGGGCCAGGGCUGGUUUGAUGGGAAUUAUGGAAUGUGA